AUGGAAAGUACAGGUCUCGCUUCGCCAGCGAGCGCAAACGUAUGCGCAGACUCGACAGAUGGAGGACUGUCACAGCGCUGGGUGCCAUCCAUCUAUCGCCCCGGAGCAGGUCCGCCCAUCGAUCUUUUGGCUUCUGGUCGAUCACACCUCAGUGCGGUGAGAGAAACUCUGCAGUCGCUCAACAGCUACAAUGAGCGCAUUGUACGCCAACCCUACGAUUUCAAUGCCUGGUUACGCCGAGGAAACUGCAUGAUGAUCCUUGGGUUUCCCGAACUUGCUGUCGCUGACGCGUAUAAAGCCAAGGUUCUUGAGGAAAGAACUCCUGGAAACGACCAAGAAAGGGCGCAGAUUUACAAUUUGCUUGAAGCUGCUUUGCAAGCUUGUCAUUGCCAAUGGGAUGCAGCAGGAAUUCUAGACGAAUCAGCAAUCGAUGCAAAUCCGCGGCGGCGGGAAGAAACCCGAAAGAGACUUGCUAAAUUACGUGAGCUCUUACAGCGGAAAGAAGAGGCUGCUAUACUAUUGGGUGGUACAUCUUUCGAGCUCAGAGAUAGGAUAAGAGAUGGUGGAGUACUCGCUGUAGAGUAUCCAUGGACCAUUGAACGCCAUCUCAGAAGGGCUCCAGAACUCGUGAAGCUCGUUAAUCAGGAGCUUGGAGGGGGCGAAACAGAGGCAACGUGCUAUCUGGGCCAAAGUAGCUUGGCCAAGGACUCGAAUGAAGACAUGCUAGGCAUGUUCGCAGCUCGCGAGGUACAAGCUGGCGAAUGUAUACUUACAGAUCGAACCGCUACCGGUAUAUGUAGUACACCAUCCUCGGACUCCUGCUGUAAUUGCUACGCGCGCUUACCGGAAAAUCCAACAAAGGCAGAAUGCUGCGCUGAAAGCUACUGCUCAGCAGCAUGCCUCAAUCUCGCAAUGAACACUUAUCACAAAGUCAUCUGCGGUAAAGACUUUACGUGGCUCCAGAAACCCGCCAAGGGCUUGACGCACAACGCUUCGCCUCUACGAUCCCUUCUCAUGUUGCGACUACUGGCGACAUGCGUCCAGUCUGGUAUUGAUCAUUCACCACUAGAUCACCCGCUGAUUGCGCGUCUGAAGCCUCUUGCCAACAAAGAGCAUCUCGAUGUGUUCACUCUCAAUGAGUCAGUCAUUGUUCCGAUCAAGAUCCUAGAACAACUUGGCAUCGAUAUCUUCACAAAUCGUAACUUCGAUACGGACAUCUUACACUCGAUCUGGACUCGUCUAGCGAACAAUAAAGCUGGGUCUCCCGACCCGCGACUUGGCUUUGUCGACGAAAUCACGCCGCAUCUACCACUAUUCAACCACAGCUGCGAACCGAAUGUAGAGUGGAGAAGGGAGAACGGAAGUACAACUGUGAGCUUCUUUGCCAUCAAGCCUAUUGCAAAGGGUGAGGAACUGUUCUGUAGCUACCUGAAUGUUCAACGCAUUCCGAUGGAGCAAAGGCAGGAGAUGUUGUGGCCGUGGUUUGAGGGCUCGUGUUUAUGCUCGAGAUGUGAAAAGGAGGGAAAUAGUUUACGCAUCUAG